UUUUAGUCUCUUCCUUGUAUCCUUUCUUUUUCUUCCCUUUUUUCUUUUUUCUUUUUCUUUUUCCCGAAAUUCUAUGUCACGCGGCAGGUAGUGCAAUGAGUAGCGUCGGUGGAGCGAACGACUUGCCGGGGCUGCGGGGAAAACCUGUUGUAUCCAAAGGGUCGAGAUGGAGCGGAUCCGAUGAGCAGCGGCGCAAUGCGAGUGACGCUGUCAAGAGGAGGGGAGAUGAUAUAUACGAAAGAGGGGAGAGACUAACAGGAGGGGUAUGAGAAGAGGAGGGGAGAGGAGGGAAAAUCGAAUGUAAGUGGUUAGGAAAACGCGGGGAAGGAUUGGAGGAGAGGAAAGACGAGAGAAGGAGGAGAGAAGAGUCACUUCAG